CCACCGCAUAUGUACACACAUAUGCAUAUAAAAAAUCCCGCUGUUCUUGAGGACAGAUUUUCGCUCCCCCUUGCUCGCCGCUUUUCUUUCCAUUCUACGUCGAGUCCACAGCAGGAUGCUCCUCAAAUUUUCAAAGUCGGAUAUCCUGAACUCGUCUCUUGUUUAUCCUGAGACUGGUGCUCUCGGAUAUACCAUCCUUACCAGGUCCCACUUUAUUCGUGACAGUGAUAAGGACUCAGACACAGAGAGUGAAGAUGAAAAUGGGGAGACUCGCAGGACGACUAUAUUCAAUAAACUAGGGGAGGUCAUUGCUGAGAUCGGAUGGAAGGGCAAGCAGCCAAUAGAGAUUGUCAUUGGCAAGGAAAAAAUCAUCGGAGCGAAAGGGAUGUUUGGGUGCUCGAGCGCCAUACUAUCUCGUAAUGUCCUCGGCAUACCCACACGCUUCGACACGGAGUACUUUUGGAUGGCAGCACAAGAUGGACUAACACUUCUUGACUACGAUUCAAAUCAGACAAAAGGUUCUUUCCACACCAACAGUAUGCAUGUCGGCGAACGCUUCAUUGCCGCCCCAAUACCCAGUCUGGGACAUGAUUAUCUAGAGUUUGAACCGCAUCCCCUCGUAUCAACAGAAGAACUCCUCGUUUCAUUUAUCCUGAUGGAAGUACUCCGCCGAAGUCGCUUCAAUCUCCAUACAGACUCAUCAGAUCGCUCGAAGCUCUGGCGGAGUACACCGCUCGUCAAUUGGGGCCGACGACUACGACGCAGAUCUAUUUGAUUUGUUCGGCCUGAUGAUUUAGAUUUUCCAUCGCUUUUCUGUUGCAUCUCUGUGCUUUCUUCCUCGCAUCUCUUGAUACCACUGUAUAUUCAUGCUUUGCAUGUCAUCGCUUUCGCUAACGUCGCUCGUUCCUGUGUAGCUCUAUCAACCCUAUCUCAUUUCGUUCAAUCUCGUGCAUUACUACUCUUCGGCGUGUAUUCGCCCUUUCAAUGUAAUACGGUACUGGUGCUGAGGAAGAAUGCCUUCCGUCAGCACGAGACUCAGCUCCUCAACAUCAGACCUUGACGCGUAUCGUCUCUUCUCGCUACUGUGCUAGAUAUUGCAUAUACAUUCGCCUAACUUCCGAG